UACGGUUACCAAACUCACACACAUACAGUGAUACAGAUCCGAUCAAUCAUACACACACAUCAACCUUUUUUCUUACAAUCAUAUGACCCAUUGUUGAUCUCUUUCUUCCAAAAAAUAAAAAAAUUCCCAAAUCCUUUCAAACCCACCCUGCAGUCAACCCAAUGUCAGAUCAAGUCCUCCGGGCAGUAACCCUGACCCAUGUUCGUUACUUCAAAGGAGACAAAUUUGGCCACUUUUUAGCUUGGAUUUCCUUAAUCCCUGUUUUCAUAUCUUUAGGUGGUUUUGUUUCUCACUUUCUUUUUCGCCGUGAACUCCAAGGUAUGUUUUUCGCAUUUGGGCUAAUCAUCUCUCAGUUCAUUAAUGAAGUUAUCAAAACAUCCGUACAACAAGCCCGACCCGAAACUUGUAUCAUGUUAGAAAUGUGUGAUUCACACGGCUGGCCGUCUAGUCAUUCCCAAUAUAUGUUCUUUUUCGCCACUUAUUUUACUUUGUUGACAUAUAAGAAGAUGGGCAUUUUGUUUAGGAAACAAAUGGUUCUUGUUGGUGUUGUUGUUUGGCCUUUAGCGUUGCUUACGAUGUAUAGUCGGGUUUAUUUGGGGUAUCAUACGGUUGCUCAGGUGUUUGCGGGUGCUGGUCUUGGUUUGGUUCUUGGUGGGUUGUGGUUUUGGGUUGUUAAUAAUGUUUUAAGAGGGUUGUUUCCGGUUAUCGAAGAGAGUUUCUUUGGGAGGUGGUUUUAUGUUAAGGAUACUUCUCAUAUUCCCAAUUUGUUGAAGUUUGAGUAUGAUAAUGCCAGAGCUGCACGAAAGCAUUCGUCUUAUAAGCGUGCUGAAUGAUUGGUUGGAGAUUAGUAUUUUUGGGAUACUGGAUACAAUUUGUUGCCCCUGUAUCUAAAUCAGAAGAAUGCUGAAUGCCUAACAAAUCUACUCGGGUGCCUUUUGUUUUUGACCUAAGGAGUUUAAUGGAGUGAGAGUUGUUUAUAAAGAAACGGAUUUUUUUCGCAACUAAUUAGGGAUUGUCAUUAUGUAUUGAACUUUCACAUUUUCUCACUAUACUCCUUAAUGUUGUACAAACACAUCCCUCUGAUAUAUCCCAU